UUUGACAUUUGGUAAAUAAAUCGUAGAAAUUGUUGCACGAUUUUCCUCAAAGUAGUAUUUCUAUCGAAUUUUAUACUAAAUAUAACAAAUAUAAUGGCAAAAUUAGAAACUAGCACAGUUAAAAAACCUAAAGGUAAAAAAAGGAAACACACCAAUACCGAAACAGAAGAUGAAGUAGCAAAUAAAAGUGUAAUUGUGGAGGCCAGUAACGAAGUAGAUGAAGCAAUGCAAAUAAAUACAGAAACUGAACAAGCAGUCAGCACAAAGAAAUCAAAAAAACGUAAGAAUAAAGAGAAGGGAGAAGAUGUGCAAGAAAAACGCAGUAAAUCUGAACAAAAUGAAGCCAAUCAUGAACCUGCCAACGACGACCACGAGGUGGACGAUGAAUUGCAUGAACCAACUUUAGAGGAGUUAAAAGAAAGUGAAAAACCAGAGAAUAAUUUAGCUAUAGUAACGGGACGUCAGAAAAAAAAGCAAAAACAUCAAAAAUUACUCGAGGCACAAAAGGGUCAGUCGGCCGAGAAGGAAAAACAACGUAAUACAGAAUAUUUGAAUAAAUGGAAACAUGCACGUGAUAGUUGGAAAUUUGAGAAACUACGUCAAAUUUCCAUUCAACAAACCAUGUUCGAAAGUGAUAAAUUGGACGAUACAGUGUGGGGUAUUGCUUUGGAAUAUUUAGCUGGCAGCAAGGGUGCUGCUAAAGAUAAAAUAGUUAAAUUGGCCAACGAUAUUAUUGAGGAGAUAGAUAGACAAUGUGAACAGCAAGAAACAGAAGAGCAAAGGCAAUCUAUACUUAAUUCAGCUAAAUACCAAAGAGCUAGAGAUUUAUUGCAAAUAUUCGAUUAAGUCAAUUGUUAUUAAAACUAUAAUUGGAAAUAAUUAAUUUGUAUAGAAUAAGUUCAAUUGUUUCGAAAAAGAAAACUCUUUACCUGAAGCUAAUAAAAAAAUUUCGAAAAUAAUUUUUUUUAAUUAUUAAAUAAAGGAUUUUGAUGAUUUUGUUAAAAAAGUU